AUGAUGAUGACAUGUGUGCGAUCGCGAGCAGCACCAGCACUGGUAUGGACGGUGCUGGUGCUGGCUGGCUGCCUGGCUGUGGGCAGGGGUGGGGCUUCCGAUCGCGCCUUUACCAUUGCGAAUGACCAGUUUUUACGUGACGGCCAGCCCUUUCAAAUCUUAAGCGCCAGCGUUCACUACAGCCGCAUGCUGCAAGAUGAUUGGUCCGAUCGACUUCAACGCAUCCGAGCCCUUGGCUUCAAUGCCAUUGAGACGUAUGUGCCCUGGAAUUAUCAUAAUGCUGAGCCGAGCGUUUACGAUUUUGCUGGAAACCGCAAUCUAACCAAGGUUAAGCUUGGUCCAUUGCCUGCCGACCCUGACUCGAUUCCGAAGACCAAUUCCCCGCCCCCACCGUGCCUCAUCCGGGGUGAAUGGGAGUUUGGGGGCUUUCCUGCGUGGCUCCUGGGACUGCAACCCCGUGUCACACUUCGUACCUAUGAAACCGGCUACAUCACCCAGGUUGACAAGUGGUGGAAAUAUUUACUGCCCAAGGUCAAGCCUCUAUUGUACGGCAACGGCGGCCCCGUGAUCAUGAUGCAGAUUGAAAAUGAAUUUGGCUCCUACGGCAAUGUGCAAGACGUUCCAGCCGAUCGUCAGUACAUGGAGCAUUUGGUGGCGCUCGCUCGAACCGAGCUUGGCUCUGAUGUUAUCCUCUACACGACCGAUGGCUCGGCGGCUAGUUUCAUGAACAGGGGCACCCUCAAUGGAUCCGCGGUCUUGACACUCGGUGACUUUCAACCCAAUUUGGACCCUGCUGCAUCACUUGCGAUUGCAAAAGCCUACAAUCCCCCGGGCCUGUCACCCUCUAUGUGUACCGAGUUUUAUUCUGUGCGACUUCGGAUACUUUUCAACCUUCAAUCACGAGGUAACAUUUUGGACAGAGGCCGCCUGUACCAUCGUGGAACAACCCAUCCAUGCUAUGACUACAACGCGCCGCUGGACGAGGCGGGCCAUCAUGGCUAUGGCUCAGAUGGGCUGAGCAAGUUUGCCAUCGUGCAAAACGUUUUGCGCCUGUUUCAGGCACAGAACAUGCCGCUGCCCACAGAGCCCGCGGGUCCGGCCAUGAUUACACCUGGCCCUCUUCAGCUCAAUGACAGUAUUCCAUUCUUGGCUGCUGUGGGCCAACUCGCCGAUCGCAACGUGACGACCACCGUGCCCUGUCGAACCGAGGACCUGGGCCAAAAUUAUGGGUUCACCGUCUUCUCCACUGUCCUGGCCGUACCUGCCACCGCCCUUAUCAUUGAGGAUGUUCGUGACCGUGCAAUUGUAUACCUUGACGAUGUUUAUCAAGGAACUGUUUUUCGUGUGGACCCACAGCCAAUCCUGCUGCAUAACGCCUCAGCUGGGGCAACCCUGACCAUUGUGCUCGAAAACAUGGGCCGCAUCAACUUUGGACCCAACAUGACCGAUCCCAAGGGUAUUUUGGGAAACGUGACGCUGGAUGCAGAUGUUGUCCAGCAGCCCUGGACCGUGCAACUUGUCAGCUUUGCGAGUCCAAACUUUGCGAACCUCCCCUGGCAAGCCAACGUCGAGCCUGGGAAUUUAACGCUGUACCAGGGCCAACUCGUGCUCAAUCAGGUGGCUGCUACUUUUAUUGAUAUGACUGGCUGGUCCAAAGCCUGUGGCUCGAGUGCCAUACAGACCCCGCCAAUGACGGCAAAGGGCAACGGCCCGCGUGAUGGCGCUACUUUGGAUCCACUGCCCAAGGGCUCUGAAGCACAAUCUUCGGCACUGCCACGACGUGCAGCGGACACGGUUGACAACCUCCACCUGCAAGCCGUGGCCCCGUCAGUGCCCUGGUCUGCAGAAACCAUGAAGUUACUGGAUAUUGGCGCAGGCUACCAAACGGCAAUGGCACGGGCCCUGGCUGAGCAAGGUCGAGUGGUUGAGUUGCGUGAGGAUAUUCUGGCCUUGCGGAAGACAAAUGCAGAUAAUCUCUUUCAACUCGUGCGAGCUCAACACGAGCAACAACAAUUGCAGGUCGAGCUGCAGCGCGUGCGCGAGCAGCUCCACGCUGCCGCCACCGAGCUGGGUCCUGUUGCAUCGACCCACACAGACACAACAACAAAUGGGUCCAAAGAAUCUGUCACGGCAUCCCAAGCUCUUACGUCGCCAUCGCCCAGCGAGGCAUCUAUGCUCGAAGCCAAUCGUGGCCCGAAUUCUUGUACCGUCUGCGCCGAAGAUCAGGCGACACCCGCAGACGGUGAGGUGGCAGAUCAGCGCCAAUCGUGCGAGCCCUAG